UCACCACAUUUUCUUUGUAGGACCAAACUCAAGAAUUUACACACUUGAAUCAUUGAAAAUCAUAAACUUUGGUCACAUCACUCUAAUAGUCUAGUGUAGUGUGUUUGACCCGUCCCUUUACUUCAACAAAAAAGACUUAAAUUAUCAAAACUUCUGGUUUAAAUCAAUAUUCAAGCUACCUAUUUGAUCUCAAACCAGAAAAAAAAAAUCAAAAAAAUCAAAAAAUGACUAAGGAAAUAAGAUGGUUUUCAGUAUUCUUCUCAAUCUAUUUGCCAAUAUUUAUCUUAUUGUUGAUUUCCAAAUCAACAAACGCACAAACUAGCUUUGAUUGCUCGAACACUACUAUGUUCGCAAACAAUAGCCAAUACCAAACCAAUCUCAACACCGUCUUCCGUUAUCUCGCCUCCAACGCCACCAACCCCAACGGCUACCAUCAAGCCGUUUCACGCAACAACAACGCCAACAGCGAAGCCGUCUACGGCCACUUCCUCUGUCGUGGUGAUCAGAACGCCACCACAUGCAGAACCUGUGUUACCAUCGCCACCACCACGGACUUCCCAACACAUUGUCCUAAUCGAAAAGUUGCUAUCAUGUGGUACGACAAUUGUAUCGUAAGGUACUCGAACGAGUCGUUUUUCGGUCAAAGGGACUCGUCCCCUGUAGUGUUCUUGGUGAACUCGAAUAAUGUAACGGGGAAUACCACCCGAUUUACGGAACUUUUGGGUGAUAUGAUGAACAACGAUAUUGCUGUUCGAGCUGCGAGUGGAGGGUCAUUGAAGAAGUUUGCGACGGCUUUUGUAAAUUAUACAAUUUUCCAAACGGUAUAUGGGUUGGGACAGUGUACGCCGGACUUGAGUCCUAGUGAUUGUAAUAGCUGUUUGGAUUAUGGUAUUCGACAGUUCAGGGUUGAUCAGGGUGCCCAAUUUUUGCAGCCUAGUUGUGCUGUUCGAUAUGAGAUAUAUCCGUUCUUUAAUUUGUCGUCGGUUGUCCGAGCCGCCCCACCACCUCAGCCGUUGCCGCCACCGCCUCCUCGACAACCACCCGCUACGAAUUCUAAUCGUGGGAAUAGAAUAUCAACGAUUGUGAUUGUUGCCAUUGUAAUUCCUAUAACUGUAGCUACUGUGGUUGCAUUACUUGUUAUAUGCAUUUGUUGCGCCAAAAACAAGAAAACAAAGAAUUAUGACGUUGCUGAAACUGAUGAAGAUUUCACAACGGUCGAGUCCUUGCAAUAUGAUUUAGCAACGCUUCAGUCUGCAACAAACAACUUUUCCAUCGAGAAUAAAUUGGGCGAAGGAGGAUUUGGCGGUGUAUAUAAGGGUACACUUUCGAAUGGGAGGAUGAUAGCAGUAAAGAGGUUGUCUAUAAACUCUAGUCAAGGACUACAAGAAUUCAAAAACGAGAUCUUAUUAGUAGCCAAACUUCAACACAGGAAUUUAGUGAGGCUAUUGGGAUUUUGUUUCGAGGGGCAAGAAAAGUUACUCAUAUACGAAUACGUGCCCAACAAGAGCCUUGACAAUUUUCUCUACGAUCCUGAAACUCAGGGACUACUUGAUUGGGCUAUGCGCUACAAAAUUAUAGGAGGCAUAGCUCGAGGGAUGCUUUAUCUCCAUCAUGAUUCUCAACUAAGAAUUAUACAUCGAGAUCUUAAGGCAAGUAAUGUCUUGUUGGAUGCCGAUAUGAAUGCUAAGAUUUCAGACUUUGGCAUGGCAAAGCUCUUUGUAGUGGAUCAAAGCCUAGGAAACACAAGCAGGGUUGUUGGAACAUAUGGUUACAUGUCCCCCGAGUAUGCAAUGCAUGGUCAAUUCUCUAACAAAUCGGAUGUUUAUAGUUUCGGAGUCUUAGUCUUGGAAAUUAUUUGUGGACAAAGAAACAGUACAUUUUAUCAAUCAGGGGAAGCAGAGGACCUUUUAUGCUAUGCCUGGAAACAGUGGAGAGAUGGCACGCCUUUGGAAUUCGUUGAUCCAAUGAUAAGAGACUCGUGUUCAAUGGAUGAAGUUAUGAGAUGCAUACAUAUAGGCUUGCUAUGUGUUCAAGAAUCUGCAGAUGAAAGACCGACUAUGGCGACAGUAGUGCUCACAUUAGACAGCUACUCGGUUACUCUUUCAGUGCCAGAAGCUCCGGGUUUCUUCAUAAAGAGUAAAGCUUCUAAUAAGGAGGCUGGUUCUGAUCAAUCAUCAGGCAAGGCAGCAUUUUGGUCGGUAAAUGACGUCUCAAUCACUGAACCGGAACCUAGGUAGAAAAAAAAUCAAAGAAAGAAAUGAUCCUCAAGGAUAUUAAUCGAUCAUUGUCAUUCAAAGAAAAAAUAAGCUUGUCGUAUUAAUUUUUGCUUGUACUCAGUGUCAUGGCUACGAUAACAUCAUGACUAUAGGACGCUGUUGAAUUUCUCAAAACGAGGCUCAAUUCAUUAUGUAAAUCAAAUACCAAAUUUUUACUAAAUAAAAAACUUCAUCACAAUAACUUGGGGAGACGAAAGUCUUUGGAAA